AUGAAGGUGGCAAGUCUGCUUCUAUCUGUUUUGGUUGCCCGACUCCCCCAGUUGGUGACCGGACGUUCCUAUGGGAUCUUCUGUAAAGGAUUGACCCGGACUCUCCUCAUCUUCUUUGAACUGGCCUGGAAAUUCCGCAUCAACUUCUCCUACCUGUAUCUGGUCACUUCCAUGAUGUUCAACGUCAGGCUACAGGUUCAUAUUGAGAUCCAUUAA